AUGUCGCUAACUUCAAAAGAAGCAUUUGCAAAGCUUCCUCAAAAACUACAUAACUUUUUUAUCAAAUAUCCACCUAGACCAUUUUCACAAUAUCAAGAUGGACCAUCAAUAACGUCAGACCCAACCAAAAAUCCAUUUUUCCCAAAUAAGAACCCAGAAACUGGUAGAUGGCAUAGUUCACUAUAUUCAAGAAGAAGAUCAGCAGAUUUAUUUAAAUUAGCCAAAAAAUUUGGUAUACAUGAUUUGUUACCACCAACACCAAGAAAAUUCCAUGAAGAUAAAUAUAAUAAUAAGAAAUGGAUGCAAGGUAUGAUACAACCUGCUGGUAGAUCUGAUCAAGCUGAAUUAGAAGAAAAAUUCAGAAAGAGAGAAGAAGCUAUAAAGAAUAUGGAUAAGAUUAUUACUAAAGCUAGACCAAGUUAUAAGAAAUUAUUAAAGAAAAAACAAGAAAGAAGACAAACAUGGUUUUAA